GGAGCAUGUCCCUGAAAUACUUCACCCUCUCUUUUACGUCUCCUACACCACACCACACCACUUCGCACCACACCACCUCAAUUUGUGUCGGUUUCUACCUAGAACUCAGUGUUAUCCUCAGGUAUCCUUACUUUGGGUAUCCUAUUUGCAGGACUGGUCUAGUACCUUUCUUAAUCCCCAAGCAGACGCUUGGCAAAUUAAAGCCAUGAAUUCAACGACACUUCUGCCGACUGUUGCAGAGACAUAUUGGGGUCAAUUUCAAGAAAUCUCCAAAUACAAUGUACAUCUGAAUGUGGUAGAACGCUUAUGGGUGGCAUGGUACGCCUGGAUGCAGAACGAUGUUCUGGCGACCGGAAUCAUGUCUUUCAUGAUGCAUGAGCUUGUUUACUUCGGCCGGGCAUUGCCAUGGAUUUUCAUUGACACCCUAGGGCUGUUCAAAAACUACAAAAUCCAAGGGAACAAGAUUCCCUCUUUGAAGGAACAGUGGGACUGUGCGAAGUUCGUGUUAUUAAGUCACUUUACUGUUGAGCUCCCUCAGAUCUGGCUAUUCCACCCUAUGGCACAGUACUGCGGUCUCUCAACCACGGUGCCUUUCCCUACAAUCUGGACUAUGGCAUAUCAGAUUGCCAUCUUCUUCGUUUUGGAAGAUACCUGGCACUAUUUUUCUCAUCGCGCCCUUCAUUGGGGUCCACUCUAUAAGGGUAUCCACAAGAUUCACCAUCAAUAUUCUGCUCCUUUCGGACUGGCCGCGGAGUACGCAUCUCCGAUUGAGGUUAUGAUUCUGGGCUUUGGAACUGUCGGCUGCCCUAUCCUUUGGUGUGCUAUGACCGGAGAUCUGCAUAUCCUGACAAUGUACAUCUGGAUCGUGUUGCGUUUGUUCCAGGCCAUCGAUGCCCAUAGCGGCUAUGAAUUUCCUUGGAGUCUGCACCAUUUCUUGCCUUUCUGGGCUGGAGCUGAUCACCACGACCUUCACCACGAGAAAUUUGUCGGCAACUACUCGAGCAGCUUCAGAUGGUGGGACUACUUGCUUGAUACUGAGUACACCCCGGAGGCUCUCAAGCGCAGGCGGGAGAACAAGGCGGCCAAGUCCGCCAAGGCCCAGUAACUCGGCCAUUUGGGGUUUCUUUCUUUUGUCUUCUUGCAUGGCCAAGAAGGUAUUCUUAUAUCCAGCCCAUGGUUUACUUGGCUUCCCCAAAACGAUAUACAAGUCAUACCAUCAGCGACCUGAUUGGUUUUAUUUCAGUGUCACGCUGUAUCGAAAUAUUUUUAAUUGAUGAUGUG